AUGUCGUUAUUAGAUGCUUAUAGAUUGAGGACAGAACCUUCAAUAUCUUUGGAGUUCUUCCCCCCCAAGACGGAAUCAGGUAAGACCAAUUUAUUGGAACGUAUAGAAAGAAUGUCAGUGUUAGAACCCACCUUCAUAACUGUAACGUGGGGGGCAGGAGGUACCACUGCAGAUAAGACGUUGGAGCUAGCUGGUCUUGUAUCGCAGCAUCUUGCUAUCCCGGUUUGUAUGCAUUUGACCUGUACAAAUAUGGAUCCUGAGAUUAUUGAUGGUGCUCUGGAGCGUUGCAGGUCACUAGGUAUCAAGAACAUAUUAGCUUUGAGGGGUGACCCUCCAAUUGAUCUGGAUGAUGAAACAGGGAUACAUUUUAGCUAUGCUAGUGAUUUAGUGCAAUAUAUCAAGAAUAAGUAUAGGAGUGAAUUCAGUGUCGGUGUGGCUGCGUAUCCUGAGGGCCAUCCAAGUGAAAAUGAUGAAGUACAAGACGUUACCAAAGAUUUAGUUCAUUUGAAACAAAAGAUAGAUGCAGGGGCAGAUUUUGUGAUAACGCAACUCUUUUACGAUGUUGAAAAGUUCUUGACUUUUGAAAAAUUAUUCAGAGAAAGGGUGUCUGAAACUGUCCCCAUAUUUCCUGGGCUAAUGCCAAUCAACUCAUUUGUUCUUUUUAAUAGGUCUGCAAAGAACUCACACGCAUCGAUACCGACCAAGAUAAUAGACAAAUUCCCAGUAGAGAUUCAAAAUGAUGAUAAUGCUGUGAAAUCUAUUGGUGUUGAUAUUUUGAUGGAGAUAAUACAAGAAAUUUUUGAAAGAACUGAUAAAAGAGUAAGAUGUUUCCAUUUUUAUACCUUGAAUUUGGAAAAAGCCAUAGCUCAGAUUGUCUCGCAGUCGUCUAUUUUGUCAUAUAUUAUUGAUGAGAGUGAAGAUGAGUAUGAUAAUGCCCUGAUAGAUGGUAAUGGUUCCAACUUAGAUAGUAGUGAAUUUUUGGUGAAAAACCUUUCCAUAAAUGGAGAUGAUGAUUCUGACGAUGUCCGUAAGAGGAGAAGACGUUCAAGUGUCGUAUCUGCAGAACUUAUACAUAAUAGGGUGAUAGUUGAUAAAAGCGAAAAUCAAAGAGAAAAUAUGGAAAAUGUCUCUGGAGGUCUACCGUCCAAAAAAUUUGUUGUCUCGAUUUCCAAAGGUUCUGGUAUCUUGGGUCGUGAUGCUACGUGGGACGAGUUUCCAAAUGGUAGAUUUGGUGAUUCAAGAUCGCCAGCAUAUGGUGAAAUUGAUGGUUAUGGACCAACAAUCAAAGUGAGUAAUAAGAGAGCUUAUGAAUUAUGGGGUACGCCGAAAAAUAUAAAAGAUCUGAAAAAUAUUUUUAUUAAAUAUUUGGAAGGGUCCAUUGAAGCACUUCCGUGGUGUGACCUUGGGCUUUCUGCGGAAACUGCAUUAAUUCAAGAAGAAUUAAUACAAUUAAAUCAAAGAGGCUAUUUAACUUUGGCUUCGCAGCCCGCUACUAAUGCAUCCUCGAGUACUGACAAAAUUUUUGGGUGGGGUCCAGCAAACGGGUUGGUCUAUCAAAAGGCGUUUGUAGAGAUGUUUGUUCAUAGACAAAAAUGGGAAUCGAUGUUAAAGCCUAAGUUGGAUCAUUAUGGGUUACGGAAAGUCAGCUAUUAUGCAGGUGAUUCAGAUGGUUUAUUUGACACAAAUUUGGAUGGGCACAGUUCAAACGUUGUUACCUGGGGUGUUUUCCCAAAUAGUCAAAUAAUUCAAACAACAAUUAUCGAAGAAGAAUCUUUUAAAGCAUGGAGGGAUGAAGCAUUUUCUAUAUGGUAUGAAUGGUCUAAACUAUUUCCAAGGAAUACCCCUACAAAUACGUUUUUAAAACAAAUUUAUUCAGAUUACUGCAUUGUUUCGAUUGUACAUCACGAUUUCAUUGAAAUUGAUGAGUUAUGGGAAAUUUUAUUAGAUUGA